GGUUAAGGUUAAGGUUUAAGGUUAACACGUUACUCGCGGCGCAAGUUAGAACGUGUCAGUUCAGUUUAUAGCUACCAAAACCCGCCUUUUUUUUUUUGAAGGUUUUGAAAGAGAAAGUGAAGUAAGUCUCUUCUAAUUCUCCAAAACCCUAACCAAACUCGCGUUUUCAGUAAGCAAAUUAGUAUUCAAUUGAUUGGUGAAGUGCUUAAAUUUAGAGCAAGUUGUCCCUAAAAUGGGGACUAUUAAGCGAUUGCCCGAAUCAGUUCGUAAUUCGAUGCGUUCUGGGAUUAUAUUGUUCGACUUGACACGUGUCGUCGAGGAGCUGGUUUUUAAUAGCUUGGAUGCUGGUGCUUCUAAGGUUUGGGUGUAUGUAGGUGCUGGGACAUGCUAUGUUAAAGUAGUGGAUGAUGGAUGUGGUAUCUCUCGGGAUGGAUUGGUAUUAUUGGGACAAAGAUACGUGACAUCGAAGCUUCAUCAUUUCGCUGAUAUGGAUGCUGCUAAUGAGAGCUUUGGCUUCCGAGGAGAAGCAUUGGCUUCUAUAUCUGAUGUCUCUUUGUUAGAAAUUAUAACAAAAGCUCGUGGGAGGCCAAAUGGAUAUCGAAAAGUCCUGAAGGGCUCAAAAUGUUUGUAUUUAGGAGUAAAUGAUGAUAGAAAAGAUGUUGGCACAACAGUUGUGGUUCGUGAUCUGUUUUACAACCAACCUGUUCGCAGAAAGUGUAUGCAAUCAAGCCUCAAGAAGGUCUUGGACUCUGUCAAAAAAUGCAUACUUCGAAUUGCUUUUGUGCAUUCAAAGGUUUCCUUCAAAGUCAUCGACAUUGAAAGUGAGGAUGAGCUUCUCUAUACACGUCCUUCUUCUGCAUUGUCAUUAUUAAUGAGUAGCUUUGGGAUUGAGGAUCUCAACUUUUUUCAUGAAUUAGAUGUUAGCAAUGGCGUAUUGAAGCUUUCCGGAUAUAUAUCUGGUCCUUGCAAUAGUUUGACCAUCAAGGCUUUCCAAUAUGUUUACAUCAACUCACGGUUUGUCUGCAAAGGUCCAAUACAUAAAUUGCUAAAUCACUUGGCCACUAAGUUUGAGAGUCUGGAUCCUUGGAAAGCUAAUAGCAUACCUCAAAAAGGAAAGAGAUGUAGGCCUCAAGUUUGUCCAGCAUAUAUUCUAAAUCUAAGUUGUCCUCUGGCUCUCUAUGAUUUAACCUUUGAGCCAUCAAAGACACAUGUUGAAUUUAAGGAAUGGAUACCUAUACUUAAUUUCAUCGAGAAUUCCGUUCAAUACCUUUGGACGGGAAGUAUGACUUAUGGGGAGUCGUUAGGUUGUGAAAAUGAUUUACGCAGGAAAGGUGGAAUCUGGAAGGAAGAUUUGAUAGAGAAUAAUGAAUUUGCAAGAGAUAAGCAUGAGAUAAAAAAACACAAGCCCUGUAAUUAUCUUCCUUCUCCCCAAUUCAAGAUGCUAGCUCAAAAUGAUGUAGCAGACGAUUAUUUCUUGGAAGAUAGUACACAAAGAUCCAGUGAUCAUGUGGAAAACCAUAUCUUGGACUUAGAUUGGCAAAAUGGCUCCAUUGAACUUAGAUCUCUUGAAAUGGAUGAAUCUUCAGAGAAGGCAGUGUCAAUGGAUUAUCAUAAAUUUGAUGAUGAACUAGAGGUUACCAAGAUGAAUGAAAAGCCUUUCUUACGAAGUUGCUCCUCACGAGGAAACCUGCCACUUGAUGGGUCUUUGUUUUCAAGUGAGGAUGGUCUUGAAUUUCCAGUUGAUGGCUUCAAAACCAAAAGAAGGCGUGUUUGCCCUGAUGAAAAUUUUGACAUCCUAAAGCUUGAUGGCAAAAAUUACAGAUUUAAUAUGCUUCCUGGGACUUCACAGCAGCAUGCAACAUCCUCUCAGAAGUUUUCUGCACAUAGCUUGGCAGUUGACAUGCUUGCAGAUUUUGAUAGUCUAUCAGGAGCUUCAGCAAAGUCAAUCUCAUUUUGUGGGGAGCUUUGUGUUGAGGAGAAAGGUUUUGGAUCUGGUUCACUGGUACAUAUGGAUACUUCUGGCUCAAGCUGCCAGUCCCUGAAUUCUGAAUGGUGUUCUCUAACUUCUGAGGCCUUAUUUCGGGCCUCGUCUUGGGGUAUUGAUCAUUUCCUAGAUGAUAGUGGAUAUGAAGGGAUCGACAUACCGGGUAAAAAUGCAAGUCACGGUCGUUUUGCAGAUAAUCAAGGAAGGAAUGGCAGCUGUAGCCACCGUGUUAGGUCAAAGUGCUCUAACCAAGAUAAUCUCAUCUCAAGUUGUACAAGUGCUGCUUUGGAUUUUAAGGAUUAUGCUGAUACUAGCUCUGCAUUAGAUUUUGAUGACUGUGCUGUUACUAAUAAAGAUAUCAACACAUUUUUCUCCCAAAGAUGCAAUGCACAUGAUGUAUUAUCUCUAGAACAUCCUAACAUAUCACUUCCAGAGACUGGAUGUUUACCUUUACGUUUCCAUUCUAGAGGUCAUAAGAGUCAUCAUGACUAUGAACUCAGAGAAAGCCAUUUUAAAUUUCAAGAUCAGGAACAAGAUAAUUUUCCUAAAGAACGCUCCAGAAGAAGCCAAUCAGCUCCACCAUUUUACAAACACAAGAGAAGGUUUGUUUCCUUGAAUCAUCAUUCUAUGAUCAAAGAGGGAAAUGCUCAUGAUAUCCAUAUUUCUACAGAAACUGAUGUUUCGAAGCAUCUAUAUUUUCAGCCAAAUUAUGCAGAGGAUUUAAUGUUCUGCAUCAGAUCCGAUGUGAAGAACAGACAAGAAAGUAUGAUGGGCAUGAAAGAAACUAAAGAAGGUGAAAGCUUGAAAUACUUGCAGAAUACCUGGGUCGAUGAUUCUCCAGUUGAAGGUCUACAUCUGAAGGAAAUUCACAAAUCUACAGAUUAUGGAUCCAAGUGGCAGAAUGGCUGUCAACAAAUUGCAAACAACAAUACAUCAAGCAAAAUUGAUUAUCAGCACGAUAUACUUGACAUCUCUUCAGGAUUCUUGUAUUUUGCUGGCAAUUCGUUAGUACCAGAAUCUUUACAUAAGAAUUGCCUUGAGGAUGCCAAAGUUCUUCAACAAGUGGACAACAAAUUCAUCCCAAUUGUGGCGAAUGGGACACUUGCUAUUAUAGACCAGCAUGCUGCAGAUGAAAGAAUUCGAUUAGAAGAACUCCGCCAAAAGGUAUUAUGUGGGGAGGCAAGAACAGUUACCUAUCUGGAUGUUGAAAAAGAGCUGAUCCUUCCAGAGAUAGGGUAUCAGCUGCUUCAAAACUAUGCUGCGCAAAUAAGAGAUUGGGGGUGGAUCUGCAAUAUUCAGGCUCAUUCUGGAAGCUUUAAGAAGAAUUUGAACAUUCUCCACCAGGAGCCUACUGUGGUCACUCUUCUUGCGGUGCCCUGCAUUUUAGAUGUUAAUUUAUCUGAUGGAGACCUAUUAGAAUUCCUUCAGCAGCUUGCAGAUACAGAUGGUUCUUCUACAAUGCCUCAAUCUGUUCUUCGUGUCCUAAAUUUUAAAGCAUGCAGGGGUGCUAUCAUGUUUGGAGAUUCUUUGCUACGGUCAGAAUGCGCACUCAUCGUUGAAGAGCUAAAGAAGACUUCACUUUGUUUUCAAUGUGCUCAUGGGCGACCAACUACUGUGCCCCUUGUUGACUUGGUGGAGCUUCAAAAGCAGAUAGUUAAAGUUGGGGUUCUAGAUGGUGGUUCUGGUGAGUUAUGGCACGGGUUACGACGACAGGAACUCAGUUUUGAACGUGCCGCACAGCGUUUACGCUCUGCUAGAAGUUAGGGUUGAUGAGGAGGCCAUAACUGCUUUUGCAGAAGCAUUAUUGCUGCCAAAUUUGGAUGCAUCCUUUAUAUAGUCGUUCAUUGUUAACCAGUGUUUAGCUCAAUCCUAAAUAAUUAGCAAAUUAAUGGGCAUACCCACUAUGGUACGUGGAUAAUGAUGAUUUCAUCAAUUGCACAUUUGCACCCAAAAUCUGUUUCUUUUCUUUAAA